CACAGAUCCAUCGGCUGAAGGGACGUAGGAAGUUGACGGACAACAAUGAUACGGACGCUGUGCUUUUUCUGGUCUCUGGCAUUGUGGCUGGGCUCUGGAGAAUCCCAGACUCCGACUCAGCCUCCGACUGUGUCGCUGAGUCCAGGAGGCACGGCCACGUUGGAAUGUAACAUCGGAACAAAAGCUAGCUAUCCUGUUGGUUGGUACAAGCAGACACCGGGAACAGUUCCACAGUUGAUCCUGUACUACCAUCAAUCGAACAGCGCCCCGACCUACGAGUCUGGGUUUAGCAGCGACCGUUUCACGUCGACAGCCAACAGCGCCGGUACCGUUUACCAGUUAAUCAUAAAAAACGUGGAGCUGAACGAUGCAGCCGUCUAUUACUGCGGAACGUGGGAUUCAUCGGGCAGCUAUUACUUGUUCGGCCCAGGGACCAAGCUCUUUGUUACAGAUCAGCAGCUCCCGGACCCUUCAGUAACACUGCUUGGGCCGUCAGCCGAGGAGAUCUCCGCUAAAGGAACCGGCACCUUAGUUUGCCUGGUCAGUAAGCUGUCGGUGGGCUUCCCUGUCGUCAGCUGGACAGUGAACGACAGUCCGACGAGCAGUGAGGUGCAAACCAGCGGGGUGACUCAGAACGCGGACAAAACCUUCAGUCUCAGCAGCUACCUGACGGUGCCCGGCGCAGACUGGAGCAGUGGGAAGAGGUACUCCUGCUCAGUUCAACAAGGAGCAGCCUCGACAAUAUACGCCACAGUCACACAAUCCAGCUGUUAAACAGAGCGCGGUUUCGUACUUGUUUGCUCCGAACAACAGGAGAUUUUUUUUUUUUGCAUUUUCACCCCCUCUAUCACUCUCUUCACUGUACUCCGAACUCUGAUCAGAGCUCUGUGGUUUCCAUUGUGUUGUUAGAAUACUUGCACCCGAGACUGAUUUUGUUCUGUUUCAUUCGCUGAGAAACUACGUGGGGUAAAAGUGGCCUGUUUCUUGUCAUCAUUAGAAAUAUCAGCUAGUGAAUUGUUUUAUCUGUGAUCUGGGAUGGAUCUAAUUAAAGUUAUUAAUCUAUGUGCUAAUGAUUUCUCAUCAGUAUCAGACUAACAGAUGGUAACUGCCACACACUGCUAAUAAAGAUGUUCAG